CCCCACAACGCCGACCGCCGUUACGUUGUGGAGGCUGUGUUAAACCUCUGUAAAACCCUCUGAGAGAAAGAGAGAGAGAGAAUGAAGGUACCAAAGGAGGAUUCACACGAUGCGAAGGCGCAAAAGAAGGAAAAAGAUUUGGAACCGAAGAAGAAAGAAGAAAUUACUAUGAAGAGAGUGGAGGAAAAAGAAGAAGAAAAAGCACAAAGAGCGUCUGAAGAAUUCCCCUCUGAUUCGGACUCUGAUGAUGAGGGCUUGUCCGAAGAUGAGGGCACAGUGAUUGAAUCAGGGUCGCAGAGUGAACUUUCGGAAGAUGAGGAUAUUGUUAGCACGAGUGGUGAUGAUGAAUCUAGUGAUCAUAAGGGUCACGGUGAAGAAAAUCUAGAGAAUCAAAUUGAAAGUGAUGAUAGUUUGCCCAAUGAUGAUGAUUUCAGUCAAGAAGAUGAGGAGGGUCAAAGUGAAAGCAAUGAAUCUCGCCAAGCAGUUGAAGAGAGUGACUCAUCUGAAGACGAGGUUGCUCCUCGAAAUACAAUUGGGGAUGUUCCCUUGGAGUGGUACAGGGAUGAGGAACAUAUUGGAUAUGACCUUGCUGGGAAGAAGAUUAAAAAAAAGGAGAGACAAGAUAAACUGGAUUCUUUUCUUGCCAGUGUUGAUGACUCAAGAAAUUGGCGCAGAAUUUAUGAUGAUUAUAAUGAUGAGGAAGUAGAGCUGACAAAAGACGAAUCUAAACUUAUCAAUAGAUUGCUGAAAGGAAAGGCUCCACAUGCUGACUUUGAUCCAUAUGCGCCUUAUGUUGAUUGGUUUGCCUGGGAUGGUGCUAAGCACCCACUUUCAAAUGCGCCUGAACCAAAGAGGCGGUUUAUUCCUUCAAAGUGGGAGAGCAAAAAGGUUGUUGAAUAUGUCCGGGCAAUUCGAAAGGGGCUCAUAAAAUUUGAUAAGCCAAAAGAGGAGGCACGAUUAUAUCACCUGUGGGAUGAUUCUAGCUCAACAGAAAGGCAUGGAUUGGCCUUUAUUCCCGCCCCAAAACCUAAAUUGCCAGGCCAUGAGGAAUCCUACAAUCCUUCUUUAGAGUACAUCCCAACACAAGAAGAGAUCAAUUCUUAUCAGCUUAUGUUUGAGGAAGACCGACCUACAUUUAUUCCAAAACGGUUCACGUCCUUGAGAAGUGUUCCUGCAUAUGAGAAAGCUGUCAAUGAGUCUUUUGAUCGUUGUUUGGAUCUGUACUUAUGCCCUCGUGCUCGGAAGAAACGUAUUAAUAUUGAUCCAGAAUCUUUAAAACCCAAGCUUCCGAGUCGUAAGGAUCUUAAGCCUUACCCAAUCACAUGUUAUCUGGAGUAUAAAGGUCAUAAAGGUCCAGUCAUGUCAAUAUCCACCGAAUCUACUGGGCAGUGGAUUGCUUCUGGUUCAAGUGAUGGAACUGUGCGUAUUUGGGAGGUCGAAACUGGAAGAUGUUUUAGAGUUUGGGAGCUAGGUGACACUGUUCAGCAUGUGGCGUGGAACCCUUCUCCUGAGCUUCCUAUCUUGGCAGUCUCUGCUGGUCAAGAUGUCUUUCUUCUGAACACUGGACUUGGUGACGAGGAAGAACAGAAAAAGAUUAAGGAGAUUCUGCAUGUUGAAACAUCCACGGCACCAGAUGGUUCUGGUAAUAAUUCAUCCAUCGUGAGCUGGGCUCAAGAUGAUAAGCAUGAAGGAAUCAGGUUGACACACUUUAAGACUGUGUCUUCAAUAGAAUGGCAUCGUAAAGGAGACUACUUCUCUACAGUUAUGCCAUCUGGCGAAUCAAGAGCAGUAUUAAUUCAUCAGCUUUCAAAGAAGCUUACCCAAAGAAUACCAUUCAAGCUGCAUGGGCUGCCCGUUUCCGCAGCUUUCCAUCCAACUCGUUCCAUGUUCUUCAUUUCAACGAAGAAGAAUGUUCGUGUCUAUGAUCUGUUGAAGCAAAAGCCUAUUAAGAAGCUUGAGACUGGGGUCCGUGAAGUCUCCUCUAUUGCCAUUCAUCCUGGUGGAGACCAUGUUAUCGUAGGGAGCAGAGAAGGAAAAUUGUGUUGGUUUGACAUGGACCUCUCCUCUCAACCUUACAGAGUUCUCAAAUGUCACCCAAAGGAUAUAACCAAUGUGGCCUUCCAUCGUUCCUACCCUUUAUUUGCAUCAUGUUCCGAUGAUUGCACAGCUUAUGUUUUCCAUGGCAUGGUUUAUUCGGAUCUAAACCAGAAUCCUCUUAUUGUCCCGUUGGAAAUUCUCCGAGGGCAUGCAAGUUCAAAUGGAAGAGGAGUUAUGGACUGCAAAUUCCAUCCGAGGCAACCCUGGUUAUUCACUGCAGGUGCUGAUUCUGUGAUUAAGCUUUACUGUCAUUAAGAAGAUUGAACAGACAGCAACCUGUGUAAAAUUAUUGUACUUGGAGAAAUUUAACUUGGCCAGGGGAAUUGGGCAACUCCAUGGAGCGGAGAUUGUGAAGCCUGUGCGAUAAAAGUUCAAACCAUUGCCAUGCAAGUCCAAGGAAGGCAGAUUAAAGGUACGGUCUGUGGUGAAUUUGCAGCAGCAAUUGUGUCAUUAUUUUUCCCUUUAUCCUAGGCUUAUUUAUGAGCCGCACAGGUUGUAUGUUUUUUUUUUACCAGAUACUUGUUUGUAUGUUGAAUCACAAAUUUUGUUAUUUAUUCUACUUUGUAAUUCUAUGUCUUACCUCGGCUCAAAUCGUCAGGAAUGGAAAAUUCUGCUGCUAAAUUGUUUUAUUAU